CCUACAUUCAAUAAAUGAUUGUAAACAUUGGCUUUUUGUUGACUACAUCAGUUAACCCACUUUUCCCAAGCCAACUAGACAUACACUAAUGUACAGCGACUGAAAUAAGGUAAAUGCUUGCAAAGAAAGAUCAGUAAUGCAUAUUAUGGCUAGACGGGGUGUGUUAAGUGUCAAGCUGAAUCAGGAUCAAGAAUACUUUACUUGUGCCACUGAAGAUGGGCUUCGAAUCUUUCAUAUGGACCCGCUUAUCCAGACACAUUAUGUUGAAGCAUCCAAGAUUGGCAGCAUCCGUAUAGCUGAGAUGCGCUUUAGAUCCAAUAUAAUGGCUUUUGUCAGUGGUGGAUCAAGACCACUGUAUGACGACAGAACAGUUGUGCUGUGGGAUCUAAACACAGAAACUGCUGUUGCCAAAGUUGUUUUAAAGGAGCCUGUUUUGGAUGUCAAGCUGACCAAUGACCGUUUGGUUGUUAUACUCCGAAGUAAAGUAAUUCUCUUGUCAUUUCCUGGCGGAGAAACUCUCUCAGAGCUGAAUUCCAGAGAUAAUCCAAAUGCUGUGUGUGCAGUUGCACACCAUGCAAGGAAAAUUGUUUUUCCAUCCAGAAAAAACAAGGGAAGCAUACAAAUUGAGGAUUUAGACAAAGAUGAUUCAGCAUCACAAAGCAAACCCCCGGCUAAUGUCCAGGCCCAUGGAAAUGACAUAAUAUGUGUAGCCAUCAACGCUGCUGGUGACUGCAUCGCCACUGCCUCUACUCAGGGUACAAACAUUCACCUAUAUAAUGUUGUCACCAAAAGCAUCAUAAAGCUGAGAAGAGGACUAGACAAAGCUAAUAUUUAUUGUCUAAACUUCAGCAAAGACGGCAGUUAUUUGUCAUGUUCCAGUGACAAAGGCACCGUCCACGUCUGGUCACUAAAGGACCCAGAUAUGAACCCAGUCUCCACAUUAAAGCCUUUGGUGGGUCUUCCUAACGAAAUCAAGUCGUACGCUUCAUUUACUGUGACAGCUGAAUGUGCAUGCCUGUGUUCUUUUGGUGCAGGGGAUGCUAUGUACGCAAUAUGUCUGGAUGGCAGCUUUCACAAAUAUAAACUGGGCCGCGAUGGAUCUCAGACUGACACUGGCAGGAAUUGUUUUAGGGUGUCGUACGACAUUUACCCAAACCUUGGGGAGCUGUAUGAUUAGGAUCAGCAUAAAGUGGUUCCCAGCAUGACUCAGUGUGUAAAUAACAAAAACUUGUCAACUAAACCCACCUGUAAAAUCCCAUGUGCGCAAUUUUUUAUAACUCAUCAAGAUUUGCUCGUUAUGUUUGUCUAAUGCAUCCAGCUUCACCAAAACAUGUUCAGUUUGUUCGAUACAAACUUUGGAUGUAUGAAUCGUAAAAUGUAUUUUGAAAGUUAAUGCAUUUUUUUACAUGUUGGAAGUGGGUCUUGCAUUUAUACACAGAAUUCAACAUGAUAGAUGAUGCUAAACCACUUUGGUGAAAUGAGCUGGAGGUAUAAAUUGUAUUGCUAUGGGUGUCUGAAUACAUUUCAUAUGACAGGUAUACAUUGUAUUGCUAUGGGUGUCUGAAUACAUUUCAUAUGACAGGUAUACAUUGUAAAGUUUUGGGUGUCUGAAUACAUUGCAUAUGACAGGUAUACAUUGUAAUGCUAUGGGUGUCUGAAUACAUUUCAUAUUUACCACACUAAUUCUGUUGAUUGAGACUUUUAAAAAUCUUGCCACACACAGAAAUGUUGAAAAUGUUCUUUACUUUUUGUGAUUGGGGUUGCUAGAGAUGUAUAUACCCUGAGAAAGUUUUAUGAAAGCAUUUUUUGGAAAACUCCUGCAUUUCGUUUUGGCAUUAAAAACUUUUGUUUUUUACUUCUCAUUGGAAGUAGAUUCUCCUGAUCAUUGGUUAUUUAUUUUUUAUUCAGAAAUUUUCAUUAUGUUUUACUGAUAUUAUCAUUUCUUUCCUCAUCGAUUGUAAAUAGUUCAACAGUUGUCAGUCAUAACUUGUCCUACAUUACUUGAUUUCAUUCUCAUUAUUGUUUGUGGAGGUAUUUCGUUUAGUAAAUACAUUUUUUAACAAAAGAGUGUUUAAUUAAAGAAAAGCACCAUGUUUAGUAUUUUUAUAAGACAAAUCUUUAUUACUUUUUUAAAAAUCUUGAAAUACAAUACAAUAAUGCAACACUCCAUCUAGUUUAGUUAUUUUAAAAAUCGAUCAUCUUGCAUUAGUUGAAUUAAUUUUAGGAAUUAUUUCCUUCAAACUUAAAUGUAAUUUGAAAUAAAAUGGGGACUGGUGAGUUUUAAGAGACAAUUUUUAGUUUUAAAAAUGUCAGACAUAUAGGAAGCGUGCAAACUUUUAUGUUUACUAGCAUUGGAUCAUUCCCUGAGUUAGCAGCUGCUUCUUUUAGUCCCUUGUGCUAGCUAUACUACAUGUUGUCAUGUGAAUAACUGUCAAAAGUUGUAUGUCUAUAUUGCUAUUUCAAUAACAAUGCCUGCCUCCAACCCCUUGUAAUAGUAAAAACUUCCAGCAUUCUUUAUGUUUUUUUGUUGCUAUCUUUGUUUUUUUAGCUGGUAUAUGUGUGAUGGUUGUAUUUCAUAUCACGGAACAAUUCAAUUUUUAUAAAAUUUUAAUAAAUGAUCAUUUUUUUUUAAAAAUAUCAUCAAUGUAUAUGUCAUAUUUUAAAAAAACCUGUAGGAUUUUGUUUUAAGUAUUACAUGAGGUGUAAAAUCAUCUUUUUAUGUUUUACUGUCAAUAUGCCAUAUGCCUGUGAUGUAACAUUUAAUUUGUUGAAAUGAAAUUUGAAAUGCUAUUAAACAGUUGAUGUGUC